AAUGUUGUAUUCUUCCGUAGAUUAUUUUGCAAGAUAAUGUCGUGUCUUGUAACUCGAGAAAAAUAGAUAGAAUUUAAUCUCUGCACGAAGACGCGCAAUUCUGCACAAUAACUGCACAAUAGUGGCAGUAUCAAGUUAUACGUAAAUACAAACGCAGAAAUGUUCCCCCAGAAGACGUAGACUUUGAAUCUUUAAAGCGAAAUUCUUUUCAGCCGACGUAUAACAAAGAUUACAAGCUUUACCAAUUUUAAACUUCAAGUUUUAAAACCUUUGUUUCUUUCGGCUAAAACCGCAGACAGACAAAGGGCAAAUAAAACUGCAAGUAAAUUAGUCAAACUUUAAACUCCCCGUAAACGUUAGUUAAGAUAACGGAUUAAACCGCGAUGUAACUAUCACGUUGGUAAAUUUCGUUUCUCUAAAGUCAGUUAAAAUUAGAAGGCGAAGAGAAACGAAUUUAAAAGUUAAAAUUGGUCAGGAUCGUUGAAAUCCGCUUCGAGGAUUGCGAAUAUCGAGGAAACCCCCCCCCCCUCACCGUCGCAUCAAAGUAAAUCUUAGAAAUUACCAAAAAGAGCGUGCCGGGGAACACAUCAUUAUGGCUUGCUUGACAGCGCAUGACCCUUUUUUACGCUGUUGGGGGUUGGUUCUCGCUGGACGGCGGCCGGAGGGGUGUGCAGCGAGAGCGGCUUAUGCUUUAUAUAACGGUAGCCUGACUUUGAACUUCAGCCACUAGUUUUGAUUAAUACAAUCAGGACGGACCUGCCGCGUUUGUCGUUGCUCAUCUCCCUCGAGUUUCUAGCAGCGGAUCUCCGAGAGCGCAGCCGCAUUAAUCCUACUGUUUUCUCAUCAAUCAGGUUUCGUUCUUCCUGCUGUGAAGAUUUCCGUUUGCCAAAAAUUGACACCGGAAGUCUCAUCCGUCGACAAGAAGUAUGCCACUGAAUCUGAGCGCUGAUCUGUCGAACGAUGUUUCCAUCCUCGAGAAACAAACCUACAUCUACACUUUCGCGGCGGUCGUGCUUGGCUUUAUCGGUUUUUUCGGUUUCGUCUUGAAUCUGUUAAUCGUAAUAACGGUCGUGAAGAACGCCAAUGUAUUGUGGACACCUACCAACGUGGUCCUCGUCAACAUGGUCGUUGGAGAUUUCUUAGUAGCUGCGCUGGGAAACCCUUUCGCACUGACAUCGGCAAUCGCAGGUUCAUGGUUCUGGAGUCACGAAAUAAUCAAUUGUUAUAGGCAUGCUUACAUAUUGGCGUUCUUGGUUUGGAUAUACGCGCUCUCCUUGUCAUUACCGCCAUUCUUCAAUUGGGGAACUUACGGCCCGGAGGCAGGUAACAUAUCCUGCAGCGUAUCCUGGGAAAUACACGAUCCUGAAACGCACAAUGACAUCUACAUCGGAUUUUUAUUCCUUUUUGGGUUCUUUCUUCCUGUCAUAAUAAUCAUCAGUAGUUACUGCGGCAUAAUAAAGACGUUGAAGAAAAUAGGAAAAAGAAUUAGUGCGAAAAAUAGACGGGAGAAGAAAGUCACUAAAAUGGUAUAUUUAAUGAUUCUUGCUUUUUUAAUUGCUUGGUCGCCAUACGCCGUUCUUGCUCUCGCAACUCAAUAUUUCAACGUACAACCCUCCCAUAUCGUAGCGGUGCUGCCAGCGCUUCUCGCGAAAUCCUCCAUCUGCUACAAUCCCAUAAUAUACGCGACUAUGACUGCCCAAUUUCCCAAUAUUUGGAAGAAGAUGUUCUCCAGCAAUGGAAAUUACCUUAAGAAUAAGCAACAACACGGAAGCAACACGGAAGCGAACCUCGAACUCAAGACAGAGAAAAAGAGUACCAACCGCCUUUCAACUCAAUUGAAUGGAAAGAUAUAAUAAUAUACAUUACUACGUGACUGCAA